AUGGACAAGCCCCUGCUUUUGGGACUCUCCAUCCUGCUUGGCUGCAUUAGGAGUGAGUCUCUGGGGUUGGCGGAGAUCGCUUCUCACUUCUGUUCCUGGUUUCUUGGUCCGAUGACAGACCUCGUUCAGUGUAGAAUGUGCCACCUGCAGUUUCCAGGAGAAAGGUGUUCCAGAGGCAGAGGAGUGUGCACUGCUACAGAAGAUGAGGGUUGCGUGACUGGGAGGAUUUUCAAGAAAGAUGGGACUCUGUGGUUAACCUUCAUGGGCUGCCUGAAAAACUGUGCUAAUGUGGACAAAAUAAAAUGGAGUGUCUACUUGGUGACGUUCAGGUGCUGCAGGGUCUCUGACUUUUGCAAUGAAAAUCUGUAG